AUGAUAAGGGUUAUCGAUUUUAUAAUGGUGUCUUACUACACCUCCAAAUCCAAGCAGGAGGAGAUUGACAGUCACACCACAGAUGGCAUCCCUUUAUUCCUCAUCACUUAUGCCUGUGCUAUCACCUUCUCCGUCAUUUCCUGCCUGAGGUUGGACAAUGUGAGGAACAAGGUGUGGGUGGCGGUCUUUGGCGUCCUCUCCUCUGGCCUGGCGAUUGUAUCCUCUUUUGGCCUGCUGCUUUACAUCGGAGUGCCGUUUGUUAUAACGGUCGCUAAUUCUCCUUUCCUGAUACUCGGGAUCGGACUGAACAACAUGUUUGUGCUGGUGUCUGACUGGCAGCACACCAAAGUCAAAGACUCGGUGCCUCAUCGGAUGGCUCACUCGUACAAAGAAGCGGUCAUGUCCAUCACCAUCACCGCCCUCACUGACCUGCUGAAGUUCUCCAUCGGUGUCACCUCUGACUUCCCGGCAGUGCAGUCGUUCUGCCUCUACACCAGCGCCUCCAUCGUCUUCUGCUACUUCUACACCGUCACCUUCUUCGGAUCUUUCCUGGCUCUGAACGGGAAGCGAGAAGCAGACAACCGGCACUGGCUGACCUGCACGAAAAUACCAUCAGACAAACUGGAUCAGCACUCUGGUGCGUAUAACAUCUGCUGUGUGGGUGGCGGCUACGAUCACAACACCGGAGCGGAGAAAAAACAGCCAGUCAGUCAUUUCUUUAAGGAUUACUACGGCCCGUUUCUGAUCAAACCAAAGGUCAAGGGGGCAGUAAUCUUCCUCUUUGUGGUAUAUUUAUCUGCCAGUAUUUAUGGUUGUUUCCAUGUUCAGCAGGGGAUUGAGCUCUACGAUCUGGCAGCUGAUAACUCCCACGUUACCACGUUCAACAGGAAGGACAGGCAGUAUUUCUCUGCUUAUGGUCCGACUGUGAUGGUUAGUGUAAGCCAAGAAUUCCCAUACUGGGAUAAAGCCAAGAGGGAGCAGCUCCAGGACUGCAUAGAGGACUUUAAAGAGCUCCAGUUUGUAGAUGAAGACAUCUUCAUAUCCUGGCUUGACUCUUAUUACUCUUAUGGAGAAGAAACAGACAUAAAUCUUGAUGACAAAGAUGCUUUUCUGAGAAAUCUAGCCAAUUUUUUUGAUGCUUUUCCAUUUUUCAAACAAGAUGUGAACCUCACUGCAGAUAGCAUCUAUGCAUCCCGCUUCUUUAUUCAGACAGUUGACAUUUCAGACGGCAGCAUGGAGAUGAAAAUGUUAAAAGGUCUCACCACCGCUGCAGAAAAAUGCAAAGCAGCGCCCCUAUUAGUGUACAACCACAAAUUCAUCUUCUAUGACCAGUAUGAUGUGGUAGUCAAGAGCACCAUUAAAAACGUGGCGGUGAUCACAGCGGUGAUGCUGCUCGUCUCUCUCCUGCUGAUCCCAGACCCGCUCUGCUCAUUGUGGGUGACCUUUUCCAUCGGCUCCGUGACGGCGGGGGUCACCGGUUUCAUGUGGCUGUUGGACGUCAACCUUGAUUCCAUAUCAAUGAUUAUAUUCACCGUCUGCAUCGGCUUCACCGUCGACUUCACGGCUCACGUGUCUUACGCCUUCGUCACCAGUACGAAAACCUCUCCUGAUGACAGGGCGGUGGAAGCUCUCUCUAACCUGGGCUAUCCCAUUCUUCAGGGGGCGCUGUCCACCAUUCUAGGGGUGUCCAUGUUAGCUACGUCUGAGUUUAACACAUUUAGGACGUUUUCUAAGAUUUUCUUUCUGGUCAUGUCUCUCGGCAUGCUGCACGGCCUCCUUUUCAUCCCAGUCAUUCUGACACUGGUGACCAGACGGCCACGCACAGAGGAAAGUAAAGAAAAUCCUUCCAAAUCACCACAUUUUGACCACGGCGUCAUUAGUAGUCAUGUGUAGUUCGUUAGUGAUAUUAUAGAGCUUAUUCUAAAUCAAAUACUUUAAUACAGUGAAGUAAUCUGACCCGAUUAUUUAUUCCAGAACCUGUUUAAGUUACUGAGGGAGUUAUUUUUGAUAUUCAUCUUUGUUUUUUUCUUUAUUUAGAGUUUCAGUGUUUGAAUGAAAUGAUAAAAUCCUGAUCAGUGAUGAAGUCUAACAGACACCUACUGUCUAACAUUCAUGUUGACAUUUUAGCGCGUUACUGAAGUUCAUUGUUUCAUGGUGAAGUGUUUCUGGACUGUUUGGGCUGUUGCUGUGAGUGACUGACUGGUUUACUGGCUGACCAUUAAAACCAGUCACUGAAACACACCAGUGGAUGGUUUUACACAUCCUUCUGUUAUUUAUUCUGCGUCUAGCCUCAUUUAUCGAGAUUUAUCUGGCGUUUGUUCUGGCAGAAGAUCAGAUUCAUGUUGUGUUCUUACAUUCAUAAAUGUUUUGUGCUCAUAAGCUGGAAGCUUGUGUUCUUUUUUUCCUCAUUAGCACAGAAAUGCCCCUUUUAUGCCCAUAUAAGGGCAUGAGACUGUAGGGCUGUGUGCAAAAACAGAAGGUGCACCGGAGUGAGAGGAGAAGAUGUCAAAACAAUGAUGCUAAUAAAGCGUAAAAAUAUGAAGGCUGGUUUGAUCCCAUAUGCUGCAUCCAGGUAGAUAGAAUCUGACAUUC